AUGGCAAUGGCUUCAGUCAAGCUUGAGCAGGCAUACGAUCUAGGUGUGGGAAUGAACUACGGGUUCUCCGCAGGAUCACCUCAGGCGCUGAGAUUUGUGACGGAACACAUCCAAAUGAUUCACAAGCCUCCUUACGAGGAUUGGGACUGUUCCUUGACCUGCGGUACGACGUCGGCCAUCGAGAUUGCGUUCCGCAUGUUUUGCAACCCUGGAGACACUAUUCUCACCGAACGCUACACUUAUUCCGGGGCCAUGACUUGCGCCCGUGCCCAGGGUCUACAUAUACUUGGCAUCGAAAUGGACGAUUUGGGCCUCUUUCCAGACGAUCUUGACAACAGACUUCGGACAUGGGACUACAAAAAUGGUUCGAAGCCAUCUGUCUUGUACAUGGUCCCGACUGGACAGAACCCUACGUCAACUACACAAAGCUUGAUUCGCCGAAAACAGGUUUAUGCCGUUGCAGAGCGACAUGACCUUUACAUACUCGAGGAUGAUCCAUACUGCUUCCUUCAACUGGGAAAACAGGAACACGCAUUGGCGCCCCCACAAGUCGACAAGAUAAACGCAAAUGAAGAGUUUUACAAGAGUCUCCCACUUUCGUAUCUUUCACUUGACGUGUCUUGCCGCGUUCUUCGCAUGGACACAACAUCCAAGAUUCUCGCUCCGGGUCUGAGAUGUGGUUGGGUCACCGGAAGCUCUCAGGUCAUUCAGAAGUUCGUGUCAUACUCCGAAAUCGGUGAAUUAUGCCCCAGCGGACCGUCGCAAGUCAUGUUGUAUAAACUUCUGGACGAGACCUGGGGCCACGACGGUUUCUUCAAUUGGCUAAGGUCACUAUCGCUGCAGUAUCGUUGCCGGCGCGAUAAUCUGCUGAAAUCAUGUGAGCGCUUUCUUCCCUCCCAGAUCUGCGAGUGGACGGCCCCGACGGAAGGCAUGUUUUUGUGGAUAAAGGUGAACAUUUCCGAACAUCGUCAAACACGCAUGGGCAGCCACGGAGAUGACGAUGUGGCUCACUAUCUUGCUGUUGGGGACAGGAUUUAUCAGAAGGCUCACAACAAUGGAGUUCUCGUCAGCAAAGGAAGUUGGUUCAUCGCCGAUAUUCAGACACUAAAGGACGUCAACUUUCGACUGACCUUCGCAGCUGCGCCUGUGGAUGAGUUGGAUGAGGCUUUACAGCGGUUUGCCAGUGCUCUGAAAACCGAGAUGUGUUAA